GCGCUCGCGCGUGACAGAGUUUGCUUUGUACCGUUAUCUCGCGGAAGAUAGGGGUUUGACCCUGCGAGGCGACGCCGGGCCACCUGCCCCAGCUCUUAGGACGUCCCGGAGGAGGAACUAAUCCCGAUGUUUACCUCAUGAAGAUAGAAACGAGUGGGCACGAGUAGGAUUAAAGCCAAUGUAUCUGAGAGUUAUUAGUUGAUUGGUCGGAAAGCCGAGCCGUCUUUUGAUCGCCACAAAAGAUGCUCCAGGAGAAGGCUUCAGCUGUGAUAGAUGACCAUGUGACCAGGUCCCAGGCCAGGGAGGGGACCCAGAGUGUUCCCAACCCCUCACACCUGGCCGUGGCUGUAACUUCCAACAUUCCCAGUGGCAACGAGGCAGACCAGAACAUUGAGAACAUUAAGGUGGUUCUUCACGAGAGGGAGCUAUGGAAGAAGUUUCAUGAAGCUGGCACUGAAAUGAUCAUUACCAAAGCAGGCAGGAGGAUGUUCCCCAGCUACAAGGUCAAGGUGACGGGAAUGAACCCCAAGACCAAGUACAUCCUGCUCACAGACAUCGUGCCAGCAGACGACCACCGAUACAAGUUCUGUGAUAACAAGUGGAUGGUAGCAGGCAAGGCGGAGCCUGCAAUGCCAGGCAGGCUCUAUGUGCAUCCUGAUUCGCCCGCCACAGGAUCACACUGGAUGAGGCAGUUGGUGUCUUUUCAAAAGCUCAAGCUGACCAACAACCAUUUGGACCCAUUCGGGCACAUCAUCUUGAACUCCAUGCACAAGUACCAGCCCAGGCUCCACAUAGUGAAGGCGGACGAGAACAACGCCUUUGGCUCCAAGAACACUGCCUACUGCACUCAUGUGUUUCACGAAACCGCCUUCAUCUCGGUCACAUCUUAUCAGAACCACAAGAUCACGCAGCUGAAGAUAGAAAAUAAUCCAUUUGCCAAAGGGUUUCGGGGGAGUGAAGAAGGAGAUCUUCGCGUUUCACGACUACAGGGGAAAGACUAUCCCGUGAUCUCAAAAAAUAUGGUUCGCCAGAGACUCAUCUCCUCACAUGGCCACUUAGCAGGGAAGCUGGGAACUGGAGUCCUGACUGGGCAACCCCAAGUGCUGUCCUCCUACCAGUACACAGAUCCCGGGGCCCACUUCUCAAACUCCGACCCCCAAGACCUUCUCUCCAGCUCUUUCCCCCAGAGCAGAGACCCUGGGCUUCUGUAUCACCGCUUCAAGCACAGAGCAGAUAACGCCAGGCAUCUGGAGCUGGGAUGUAAGCGGCCCUAUCUCGAGACGCCGGCUGCCGUGUCAGAAGAGCAUUACUUCCGUUCGGCGCCCUCUUACGAGUCCCCGCUGCUGUCCCAUCCCUACUGCCCGGACGCCAUGAGCUCCAGGGAGGCCUGCAUGUACGGUGGAACGGAGGCAGAGGCCGGCUCAGGCACGGUGGAAGUAGAGGAGUUGAGUUCCCCGUCGCUGAACUGCAACAUGUGGGCCUCCAUGCAGCCGUACCCGCGCUACAGCGUGCAGACCGUGGAGGGCGUGGCUUAUCAGCCCUUCGCGGCGCACUUUGCCAACGCCGCCACCGUAGCGUCCGUGGUCUCGCCGCACUGCCCUGCCGCGGUUGCCAUGGCAGCGCGACCGCAGGCCGACCUCGGGGUCUAUAACCCUGCCGCCGCCGCCGCCGCCCAGAGAGCCCUGCCCGUCGCGCAUUCUUCCUCCUCCACCUCCUCCUCCUCCUCCUCACCCACCGUCCCAGGAUUAAGAGAAAGAUCGAGCCAUCAAUCUCCUUAUCCCAGGAAGUCGGGAUCACCUCUCCGGCCUCCGAGAGAUUUCUCUGUCUAUCCUCCACAGAGCUGCAUGUCCAUCCGGGACGCCUCGUACCAGUACCAAAUGGGGCUGAGCAGCACAGGGACGCACUGGGGCGACUGAGGACUAAUGAGGACUGUGACGUGAGAGAGAACAGUUUCCAUUUGGACUGCAAAUCACAAUGAUGUGCCAUAAGCCUCUUGUUAGCCGCCUAUGCUAAAGCUAUGAGAUGGUAUCCGCGAUGAGAUCACUUUGACUUUGCCAAGCUAACGAUUGGAAGCCAUAUUCAAUACAGUUAAGAAGGUAGAUGACUUACCUGAACACUCAGUGUCAAAUGCAGUUUUGAAGCACUGUAUACCAUGAUAUAAUGGGGGCCAACUAACUAGUGCCAACUCAAUUGUGGAUCACCACUAAACUCUGUGGAUGCACAGAAUAAGAACAGUUCCUUUCAAUAUGGAGGUUUUAUAAUGUACUCCAUUGUCCCCCAAGACUAUAUAAUAUGCAUUUAGUGUGCCAAUAAAGAGGUAAAUCCCAUCAAGAGAGCAGGGAGAAUAAUAGAGAAAUGUAAGUAAUUAAACUAUGAUAAACGUAUGCAUAGGGAUCUAUAACACAAGAUUUUGAAGCAGUUAAAGGCUAUAGAUGCUUUAAGGUGCGCCUAUAUCACACUCUGAUAAUGAGAAUCAAGAGUGCAGCACUUGUCUAUUUUGUUCAAUAUAACUCGAAGCUGGUCUAUCCUGUUGCAUGUUAACAAAAGACUGAACCACAACAGAGUGGUGUGCGCUAAGUGCUUGGCUCCAAAUCUACCACUCCAAAGAGAAGGCUCGGUUAAAGAGGGACAGUAAAGCGAUCAUAGGCCAACCAGAUGGGGGCUUAAAGAACUGCUUUUAAAGCACAGGAAAAGAGUGCACCACUCAAAUCCCAGUCCCAAAGACCCGGGUUGGAAAAAGUCUGCAAAUGCAAAACAGCCCCAACAGGGAGCGGAGAGAAGUUCAGGCAGGGGAUAGCGGCUCCGUUAUUUGACCCAACGAGUCUUGCAUGGUGAGAAAAGGGAUCAAAACAACGUGUAGAUCUGCAUAAUCCCUUAAACUUCUUCUAACUGAUUCAUCAUAUCAUUUUUGAAUAAAAAAAAUGUUUGCACACCUAAAAUAAUAAACAUUUUCGAGACCCAAACUGUUAUAAUUGAUUCAAAUUAGCUUGUGGCCUGACUUAUUGUGGUAUGACUGUCUUAUUUUAAGUCUUUAUGGUUCGUUAUAUA